AUCACUUUAGUUGAGACACACCCUGCGCAAAACACCUACAUUAACUGUCAGCUAUUCCGCCAUUUGUGUGGAAGUUAUUCAGUUGUUGUUGUAUUUUUUUUUUUAGCACGAAGACGUAGUUUUGUCGUAGUUUGACCGUCUGGGGCGUUGUCGUCACCGCUCCGCGUCGUCUGAAUCGAUAAGUGCGGCCACGGCCCCGGCCAACAUGGAGGCGGUGUUCGCUCGCUAGCUUCCAGCCCCAGGGGCGAUGCUGAGCAAGCCGCCUGGCUGUAAAGCUGCGAAGCAACGACAGUCGGAUGAGAGCGCAUCCCUGACCGGGUGAUGGCCGCCCAGCCUCUGCGGCAGUCCGGGGAGGAACCAGAACCAGAACCAGCCGCCUGCUAGCGUUGCCUGUCGGAGCCGCAGAUGCUGAUGACUGGCUGUUUCCUGCCGACCGACUCGCAGGCGCCAUGGCCGGGAAGGUGAAGUGGGUGACAGACAUCGAGAAGUCGGUGCUCAUCAAUAACUUCGAGAAAAGGGAAUGGGUUCCGGUGACAGAAAGCGAGGACUGGAAUUUCUACUGGAUGAGCAUCCAGACCAUCAGGAACGUGUUCAGCGUGGACACCGGCUACCGGCUGUCGGACGAACAGCUGGUCAACCACUUCCCCAACCACUACGAGCUGACCAGAAAGGACCUGAUGAUCAAGAACAUCAAGCGGUACCGCAAGGAGCUGGAAAAGGAAGGCAGUCCGCUCGCAGAGAAGGACGAGAACGGGAAAUACGUUUACCUGGAUUUUGUUCCCGUGACGUUCAUGCUCCCUGCUGAUUAUAAUUUGUUUGUGGAGGAGUUUCGCAAGAAUCCCUCCAGCACCUGGAUCAUGAAGCCCUGCGGGAAAGCCCAGGGCAAAGGCAUCUUCCUCAUCAACAAGCUGUCGCAGAUUAAGAAGUGGUCCCGAGACAGCCGCACGUCCACGUUUGUCGCGGCAUCCAGCGGGAAAGAGGCUUAUGUCAUCUCUCUGUACAUCGACAACCCUCUGCUGAUAGGAGGGAAGAAGUUUGACCUGCGGCUUUACGUCCUGGUGACAACAUACCGGCCUCUGAAAUGCUACAUGUACAAGUUGGGCUUCUGCCGGUUCUGCACGGUGAAGUACACGCCCAGCACCAGUGAGCUGGACAACAUGUUUGUGCACCUCACCAAUGUGGCCAUCCAGAAACACGGGGAUGACUACAACCACGUUCACGGGGGCAAAUGGACGGUCAGUAAUCUGCGUUUGUACCUGGAGAGCACCAGGGGGAAGGAGGUGACAAACCGGCUCUUUGACCAGAUCCACUGGAUUGUGGUGCAGUCACUGAAGGCUGUUGCACCUGUGAUGAACAAUGACAAGCACUGUUUUGAGUGUUACGGGUAUGACAUCAUCAUCGACGACAAGCUGAAGCCGUGGCUUAUUGAGGUUAACGCCUCCCCGUCGCUGACCUCCAGCACGGCCAACGACCGCAUACUGAAAUACAGCCUCAUCAACGACACGCUCAACAUCGUCACGCCCAACGGGGAGAUCCCAGACUGCCGCUGGAAUCGCAGUCCACCCAGAGAAGCCCUGGGCAACUACCAAGUCCUCUAUGACGAGGAGCAGGCCCAGAGCGAGAGCGCCGAGCGCGACCUGCGGAGCCGCUCCGGUCAGCUGCUGGGCUCAAAGGGCACAAAGGGAAGUGCCGGCGCCCGUCCCGCUGCCGCCACGUGGAAGUGAGGUGUCGUCACUGACUCCAAACGACUUUCUCUGCCUUACUGUGGGAUAGAAAGUUAAUAAGGGACACAACAAGGACCACCCAGACGUUUC